GGGACCGACGGAGAGUUUCGGCUUGCCUGGGACCCGGGCUGGCCGGGAACCGUGGAGUUCACCUGCGCAUCCCAAGUGCCUUCGCAAAGUGAGCGGGGGAGGGAGGAGCAGGGCCCGUGCGGAGAGACGCCUGGGGCCAAGGGCAUCGAGAGUGUAGCGUGACGGGAGCUGCCUGUGCCGGAGUAAUCACUUUUUAGGGGCUUGUUUUGGACCUUUGCGCAUACACGGGUGCAAACCCCAAGCUCACUAUCGUGAGUCAGCGACGCGACCGGCAUGGCAGAGAGGGGGCGCUGUGCAGCCCGAGGUCCGCGCCGCCGGCGGGAAGGACCGGGAAGCUACUUCGGAGAACCCCAGCGUCGGCCCCGACCCCAGAUAGACAGAUCAUAUCUGGCUGGUGGCACUCCAGCCACUGCUAUGCCAAUGAAGUACAUCCUGGUCACGGGUGGAGUCAUCUCCGGCAUUGGUAAAGGGAUCAUCGCCAGCAGCAUUGGGACAAUUCUGAAGUCAUGUGGACUCCGGGUUACCGCCAUCAAAAUUGACCCUUAUAUUAACAUCGACGCGGGCACUUUUUCACCUUAUGAACAUGGUGAAGUGUUCGUCUUAAAUGAUGGUGGAGAAGUUGACUUAGACCUUGGAAAUUAUGAAAGAUUUUUGGAUAUUAACCUUUAUAAAGACAACAACAUCACCACUGGGAAGAUAUAUCAGCAUGUGAUCAAUAAAGAGAGGCGUGGUGAUUUCUUGGGGAAUACAGUGCAAGUUGUCCCUCACAUUACUGAUGCGAUCCAGGAGUGGAUUAUGAAUCAAGCGAAGGUGCCUGUGGAGGGCAAUAAGGAAGAGCCCCAAAUAUGUGUUAUUGAGCUGGGAGGCACCAUUGGAGAUAUCGAAGGAAUGGCAUUUGUGGAAGCAUUCAGACAAUUCCAGUUUAAGGCAAAAAGAGAAAAUUUUUGUAAUAUCCAUGUUAGCCUUGUCCCACAGCCUAGUUCUACUGGGGAGCAGAAAACCAAACCCACACAAAACAGUGUCCGUGCGCUGAGGGGGUUAGGUCUGUCUCCGGAUCUGAUUGUCUGCCGAAGUGCAACACCUGUUGAGAUGGCUGUGAAGGAGAAGAUUUCUAUGUUUUGUCAUGUGAACCCUGAACAGGUCAUAUGUAUCCAAGAUGUUUAUUCCACAUACCGAGUGCCUGUGCUGCUGGAGGAACAAGGUGUUGUUAAAUAUUUUCAGGAGAGACUGAACCUGCGGACUGAUGAUUCACCAAGUAAUUUGCUUUCCAAGUGGAGAAAUAUGGCUGACAGAUACGAAAAGUUACAGAAGACAUGCUCCAUAGCCCUAGUUGGCAAAUAUACCAAGCUCAUGGACUGCUAUGCUUCCGUGUUCAAAGCCCUGGAGCAUUCAGCCUUGGCCAUCAACCACAAGUUGAAUCUGAUGUACAUAGACUCCAUUGAUCUGGAGCCCAUCACUGAAUCUGAGGACCCUGUGAAAUUCCAUGAAGCUUGGAAGAAGCUAUGCAAAGCUGAUGGUGUUCUUGUGCCUGGAGGCUUUGGAAUCAGAGGAACUUUGGGAAAACUCCAGGCGAUUUCUUGGGCAAGGACAAAGAAGAUUCCUUUUCUGGGAAUUUGCCUUGGAAUGCAGCUAGCAGUGAUAGAGUUUGCAAGAAACUGCCUUAACUUGAAAGAUGCUCAUUCCACAGAAUUUGAGCCAAAUACUCCAGUUCCUUUGGUGAUUGAUAUGCCUGAAUUCAGCCCUGGCAAUUUGGGAGGAACAAUGAGGCUGGGAAUGAGAAGAACUGUUUUCAGAACUGAAAAUUCAUUAUUAAGGAAAAUUUAUGGUGAUGUUCCCUUUAUAGAAGAAAGACACAGACAUCGGUAUGAGGUGAACCCUAAUAUGAUCAACCAAUUUGAGCAUAGUGACUUACGCUUUGUAGGUCAGGAUGUGGAUGGGGAGAGGAUGGAAAUCUUUGAACUGGCAAAUCAUCCCUAUUUUGUUGGUGUCCAGUUCCAUCCGGAGUUCUCUUCAAGGCCAUUGAAACCUUCUCCUCCAUACUUGGGGCUGUUGCUUGCCGCAACCGGGAACCUGAAUGCCUUCAUGCAGCAGGGAUGCAAACUCUCUGCCAGUGACAGAUACAGUGAUUCGAGUGAUGACAGCUUAUCCGAGCAACGGAUAGCAGAUUUGGACAUAAACUAAUACGGGACUUGGAAGAGUGUGGACUGCCAGCAAGGCAUCUGAAGUAAUUGAACUCAAUAUGAAGGAACUAUCUGAAGAAAUCACCACAUUCAUAGCAUCACUCUGUUCUCCACCAAACAUGGGCUAUAAAGCCUCAAAGUUAAUCUAAUACAUGUUUUCAUGAACCAGCACCAAAGGGUUGUUUUCUUUUCCCUCCAGACGGUGCCUUUGGUACUUAGAAAUUUCUGUAGUUGAUUAAACGUUUUCAAGCAAGCAUACUGGGGAGAAAGUGUGUUUGUGUCUCGUCUGGUGUUUCAGGAUGAUGAGCAACAAUCUGGGUAUAUGGGUCUGUCGUAUGGACAGGGUAGCCCGGCGCGUGAUGUAAUUGACUUUAUGUCAAAAAUUAGUCAUUUUGUUACUUGGAACUCAACCACAAAUUUGUGUGUGGCCCUUCAAUUUCUUGCCCUAUUUAUUUUCAUUUAAAACUAAACUUUAACAAGUCCAAGACCUGGGGUCGCAAGAAAGGCUGUAGCUUCAGGCACAAAAUUUAAGAGGGGUCCCCAAAACUCAGGAAUCAAGAUCAGUAAUACAGGCUGGAUAUCCCUUAUCUGAAAUCUUUAGGGCUAGGAAGUGUUUCGGGGGAGGUUAGAAUACUUGAAUAUACAUACUGAGGUAUGAAAGGUGUAAGGGCUGGUGCCAGAGUUGUUCAGGCCAGGUUUAUUGAAAGGGGAGGGUAAUCCCCUGGUAGUGCAAAGGUGGCAUCUGCUUCCAGGGGCAGUUAGAUACCCCUUUUAUAUGGAGCCAAGGGGGGUGGGCAAAUUCCACAGCUUGCCUGGAAAUUUAGGGUCCUUUGGCACCAACUUCGGGAGGUGGGACUACCCAGAUCUUUGUGUCUUUGUCUUAAGAGGAAAAGAGGAGGAGGAGGGGAAAGGGUUUACGUGUGGAUGUGUUAGGCCCCCCAACAUAGUAUACUGGGAACAGAACCCAAAUCUAAGCACAAAAUUGGUUUCAAUUUCAUAUAAGCCUUUAUACACUAGCCUGAUGGUAAUUUUAGAUAAUAUUUUAAGUAAUUUUGUGUGUGAAACUACUAAGUUUUGGCUAUGACCCCUCACAUGCGGUCAGAUGUAUAAUUUUCCACUUGUGGCCUCAUGUAGGUGCUCAAAAAGUUUUAGGU